GGAGGAGGAGGGACAAGCUCAGUCAAGUUUGGUUCAGUAAGGAGCCGGCAAAUCCACACCGGCGCUCCUGGACAAGCGACGCGACAACAGUUCCACUUGUCUUCUCUCAUCAAAUUGAACUGUACUGAUUCCCUAAGAAAGGUGAAGGACAGCGGCAAAAAAAACAAACAAACAAACAAAAAAAAGACAGAUGAGAGAUGUAUCCAGCUGUAAAAUGGACUUUGCUUUUUCUUCUUGGAGGUUUGGUGACACAAGACUGCCAUGCAUCUAAAGCAGAAGACCGCCUCUUCAGAAAGCUUUUCAGGAGGUACAACCAGUUCAUCAGACCAGUGGAAAACGUCUCAGACCCUGUCACGGUGGAGUUUGAAGUCUCCAUCUCACAGCUGGUCAAAGUUGAUGAGGUCAAUCAGAUCAUGGAAACAAAUUUGUGGCUCAGGCAUAUCUGGAAUGAUUACAAGCUGCGAUGGAUGCCAGAUGAGUUUGAUGGAAUUGAGUUCAUUAGAGUGCCAUCAAACAAGAUCUGGAGACCCGACAUCGUUCUCUACAAUAAUGCUGUUGGGGAUUUCCUGGUGGAGGAUAAAACCAAGGCACUGCUGAAGUUUGACGGAACCAUUACCUGGAUUCCUCCCGCAAUUUUCAAAUCCUCCUGCCCUAUGGACAUCACCUACUUCCCCUUCGACUAUCAGAACUGCUCAAUGAAGUUUGGCUCAUGGACAUAUGACAAAGCCAAGAUUGACCUGGUACUUAUUGGGUCUAAGGUCAACCUCAAAGACUUCUGGGAGAGUGGCGAAUGGGAGAUCAUUGACGCUCCAGGCUACAAGCACGACAUCAAGUACAACUGCUGCGAGGAAAUCUACCCGGACAUCACGUACUCCUUCUACAUCCGUCGCCUGCCACUCUUCUACACCAUCAACCUCAUCAUCCCCUGCCUCCUCAUCUCUUUCCUCACAGUGCUGGUUUUCUAUCUCCCGUCUGACUGUGGAGAGAAGGUCACGCUCUGUAUCUCCGUCCUGCUCUCCCUCACUGUAUUUCUACUUGUUAUCACCGAGACCAUCCCCUCCACAUCUCUGGUCAUCCCGCUGAUUGGAGAGUACCUGCUCUUCACCAUGAUCUUCGUCACACUCAGCAUUGUCAUUACGGUUUUCGUAUUGAACGUGCACUACCGCACUCCUGUGACGCACACCAUGCCCAGUUGGGUGCGCUCAGUGUUUCUUAAAGUGCUGCCGAGGCUUAUGUUGAUGCGGAGACCAAUUGAUGAAGACGGCAAGUCCGGAGGGUUGGAGAACAGUGGGGAGGCAGGAGGAGCUGGAGGGGGAGGAGGAGGCCGAGGAGGGAAGAAGAGGACGAAUAACUUGACCCAGCAGGUUGGAGGGGGUUCCUUAAACUGUCUGGAGUUCGGGGACAGUACGUUGUCCUCCAGGGAAUGCUGCGCUGAGGUAAAAUGCUCUUGUCCCUGCCAGAAUGGGAAAGAAAGUCCUGAAUCGACAACAACUGGAAAAAGGACAUGUCAGCUGAGUCCACGGAGCAAAGAUUCAGUACUGGUCUUCUCUGUUGUGUCACCCGAGAUUAAGCAGGCCAUCGAGAGCGUCAAAUACAUAGCUGAGAACAUGAGGAGCCGAAACAAAGCCAAAGAGGUGGAAGAUGACUGGAAGUACGUUGCCAUGGUGAUUGACAGAAUCUUCCUAUGGGUGUUUGUGACAGUGUGUGUCCUGGGGACAGUGGGCCUCUUCGUCCAACCGCUUUUUGGAUUCGUCUCAUAACCUCUUACCAAUCAGGGUUUACUGCCACCCCGACAAGACCAUUCUGAACAAAUGAUCCAUUUGAAGACAAAAAAAUUGACUCAAACAGCACUCAUUGAUCAACUCGUUUCGCUUUUGGCAGAGAGCAGCACACAUUUUUAAUGCCUUAAUUUUAUGCCUAUUAACGCUGCAUAUUAUUUUACCAUAAUUGCCCCCAAAUCAAUACCACGGUAUAAUGAGGACACCUCAUAAAGACUUUAUAAAUAUUUUCCAAACAUGGCAAUUAUAAAGUUAUAAACUCUCCAACUCAUUAAUGAAGCACUACACUUAAUUUUAAUUAUCAGUUAAACAACAGUGUGGCUUAAUAACUGAAGUGUUCUGGCUAUUGCUGGACUUCUGCACUAUUCUACAUUUAUACACUAAUCAUGCAGUCACCUGCGCCCACUCUUUUGAAAUGUGUAAAAUAUAGUAGUGCAAUUAUUAAUUACAAAAGCUACUGCUAUUUUAAGUUGUCAAAGGGCAAGGCAAUAGGGCUAAUUUCUGUAUGCACCUCUUUUAGACUGGCGCCUGUAUUGUUAAAAUCUGACACAAAUAACACUUCAAAUUACUACUUGUUGCUGGCUCUGCUGACCACGUGUAUGUUGUAAUUCUUAACUUAAUUUGGUUGAUAAAACGGAUUAUAAUCCCUCAAGGGGGAAUUCAACUUUCACUUUGCUAUAUAUUAUUUUUAUUGCACAUCACAUAGAGAACCAUAUCACACACCUGCAGGCAUGCUAGUAGAGAUGUCAGAGUAAAGUGCAAACUGUACUGCACCUGAGUUAGCGGGUGGGUUCAGUGCCUUGCUCAAGGGCACAUCAACAGUAGUCAGGAAACAGACUUUCAUUUCUCCAACUAUUUCUUUUUGUCUGUAGCAGGACUCGAACUGCGACCCUCUGGUUCCAAAGUCCUUACACAUCAGCUACGGCCGCCCCACACAUUACUGAAAACUCACUGAUCUCGUUACAUAUUUUACAACGAAUGUUUGUCUCUUAGUGGCCUUUGGGCUGCUAUACUUCUCACUACGCAAUGCUUGUGUGCUUACGCUGACUUUUGUGACAGAUCAAAUUUAGACAACAAAGGUGGGAGUAUAUGGUGAUGUGGGUUUCAAAUCGAAAUUCUUCACAGUUAACUGUGUCAUCUGACCGCUUAAACCUGAUUCAAGAGAGACACAGAAGAGCAGUGACUUCAAACCACUUUCGGGGUGUAUAUUUGCCUCCACCAUUUGUAUUUGCCAAUUCAAAAAGAUGAUACAAAUGGAUCGUUUUUAGUGGCGCUAGAAGCAGCGAUAGACAGACUGAGCAAAGCGGACAAGAGGAGAAAACACCAGGUGAGGAUGGAGGAAGACAAGUUGCUGGUGAAGCAAUUGCUAACCACCACCAAGUUAACCUACAUGGAGAGCAUGUGUUGUUUCUUCUAGUCUUUUAGAGGCAUACUGGUGUAGCGUAUAAUGGUUUAAAUAAAAAUGUAAUUAAUUUGGAAAAAGAGACAAAGGAAGGUAAAUUGUUGUUCGUCACACCUCGUUGGGAGAAUAUAACCGCCUCUCUCCCCGCCUGUUUCCGGGAUGUACUAGCAAGUUCAGAGAACUCACGUUUGGCUGGGAGUGUAUCUGGUAGCACAGCAGCAACUGUUCUGGAGGCUUAGCAGCGGUGAGCCAUGGAGGCUAGGGAGCCGGAUCUCCAUCCCCAAGGCCCGUGGUUACCGAGCUGCGUGCCCCAACAAAAGGAAGGGGAGGUGUGAGGGGUGGCCGAAGCUGGGGAGCAGAUAGCAAGAGCCACGAACCAAGACAAGAGCUAAGAACCAAGAGAGUGAGGCGGCGAGAGUCAGGGGUUAAAUACCCGGGGGGUGUGUCGAAGAGGACCGAGGGCCAGACAAGACCGCACCCAUCACCUUGAAUCUAUUCUACAAUUGUGACCCAUGAAAUGGGUUUAAAAUCAUACAUUAAUAUAAAAUACUCCCAACUUUGUACUCUUUACUCAUAGAUCAAGCAUAUAGAAUGACUGUUUAAACUUUAAUCUUGGCAAAUCAACUGCUUAUGGUUCAAUCACAUUUCAUGCUGCUUGGGGUUUCAAAUCAGGGCAAACAGUUCUCAAAGUCUUGCAGCUGCACCGGUAAAGUUGGCACACAGACACCAAGGCAUACAUUUGGAAUAUUUCUGCAGAAUUCGUGAAAUUUCAAACCAGACAUUUAUAUUUGGUUAGCAAACAACUGAAUGGAAGUUAAUGGGUUGCAGUACUCUCAAACGCCAGUGGGUGGCGGCUUGCGUGCACGUUUGAAUAUUAAGCAAAUAGUUCAUUGGUGUAUUCGUCGAUCUGUCCUUUUUGGCUGUUGUCAGUUCAAACGACAUUUAGGACAAAGUCCUGUUUUCGUUUUAAUUUCCCAUUAAAAAAAAAAAAACACUAUUCAAGAAGGAGUUUUUUUCUCAUGUUUUGUAGGGUGAAAGCUGCAGCUGGCCACUAGUGUGGACUGAAUGGGUGGCAACAAUGGGGAAAUGAAAUAGCAGUAUUUUGAGGGUAAUAGCCUGUCAGCUGCGUAUUGAAGGAAAAAAAAGCAAUAUGAACUAGUUCAUUUUUGGAAUGAUGAAUUAGUUAAAAACUGAAAUAGUUUUUUUUUUGGAACGGUGAAAUGAACUUCAAACUAGUUUGCAUAGAAAAUAAACUUUGCCAACACCGCAGAUGGUGACUUUGAUUGUCAUACGUACAUCAUACUGAGUCUGAUUCAUUAAGCUGCAUGCAGUCAGAGACAAUCAUCCACACACUCGUCUCCUUUUUUAGUCAUUUUCAUGUAGAGGUCAGUUUUGUGAUGUACCAGCAAUUAUUGAAUAAAGGCAGGCGGUUUCUCCUUUGUAAUUAAAAUCCAUGUGUUUCCAAAUGUUCCCUAUGAUUAAUGUUCUACAUGUUAAUUGGUUCGCCACAGUAAAUAUUGCAUCCCAUCUUCUUGGUUGGUUGAUCCCAAAAUAGCAUUGCAUUUGUUCAUCAAGUAAUUGUUUCUAAUCCAGUGGUUAUUAAUUCUUAUUUUUACUUGCCACUUUUGAUUAUGUACUUUUGAUGUUCUGUAAGCGGCAGUAUUCAGGAUUGACAUCAGUGUAUUGUAAUAAAAUGUGUAGUUCUGACUGCAGGGAUUACAUUUAAUUGGGCAUUUUUUAUAUAUUGUGCAAAGGGUUUAUAAAAUAGCAUUUGCCUUUCUAAUCA